UAAUAGAAUCCCAGGUUUGGAAGAGGUUACUCAGACUGCCCGUCCGAUCUCCCCCAGGACGACCGAUUGUUUGCGACGCAGAUUUUCAUGGCCCUGAGCACGUCCCCGAUCGCCUGGACCGGUGCUGGGUCUGGUAAAUUCUGCCUUGCCGGCUACUCUUUGGGCGGCGGGAUUGCCGCUGCGUUUGCAGCCCAUUUCCCCGAGCUUCUCUCGUCCCUGGCCCUGAUGGCCCCGGCGGGAUUGAUCCGUGACUCCCAGAUCAGCGCCCAGACUCGGCUUCUGUAUUCGAAUGGUCUCCUCCCCGAGCGUGUCCUCGGGUUCCUCGUCGGUCGACGUCUUCGUGCUGGUCCGUUGACCACUCCGAAACCCAAAGACGAAAAGGUUGACGCCGCUUCUGCACUGACUGAGGAACUCCCGUCGCAGGGUGGGGCGAAUGUGCAGCUCUUGUCUCGGGCCUAUCCCCAUGUCAAUGUUCCUGGUGCCGUUCAAUGGCAGGUGAACAAUCAUGCCGGCUUUGUCCAUGCGUUCAUGUCUAGCAUGCGAUUUGGUCCGAUCCUGCAGGCUCGUCAGGUGGGAAAUUGGGAACGCCUGGGCAGCUUCCUCUCAGCGCAGCAGUAUCUCUCACCGGAUCAGCAGCGUGCCAACGGUCUGCCAAGCAACAAAGUCCUAAUCCUGUGCGGCAUGCAUGAUGGAAUCAUCGUGAAGGAAGAGCUUGCUCCUGAUGCCACAUCGGCGCUUCAGGGGAAUGUGGAUUUCAAAUACUUCGACGCUGGACACGAAUUUCCGAGUACGAAAUACGACGAGGUGGCAGACUGCUUGUGGAAACUUAUGCAUUGAUUGGCUUUCCAAACUGCACUAUCUGAUAGUACUCUGGCUCUCCUUGGGAAGGCUCACCGAGCACUUUCCCUCUUGAACCUUGCACUUCUGGGAUGACCCUGCC